AGAGGCGCGGAGCCCGCAGCCCUCCGGGCAGAGGAGCUGCCGGGGCGGCGCCGGAGCGCAGGCGGUGGAGUUUGCCCGGGCGGCUGGUGCCUCCCCUCCCCUCGUCGCGUUUUCUUCUUUUCAUUUUUGGCGGGGGGGAGCGGUGGCUGCGGAGGGAAGCGCUUUGCUCUCCGCGCUCCGGGGCCGGCGCCUGCCGCGGUGCGGAUGCGUGCAGACGAGUCCUCGUGAAAACAGCUCCCGACGUUUCCAAAAAAAGCCAAACCCAAACAAACCACCCACUUGGAUAAUUAAAACGGUUUUUGGCAGUAUCCAGUGUUGCUAAAGGUGAUUUAAUUUCUACUUCCAGUCCAAUCCCCAGGCUUCCUGGCACAGAGGCAGUUUUUCCAAGGCUAUUCCAAACACAGGAGAUGGUAACUGCUACUAGUAAAGAUCACCUUUAAAAAGGAAGAUGGAUUUAAUAAACUCAACUGAACAAAAUGGUACAUCAGAAGAACUAUUCAAAUGGGUGACAUCCAAGAUUCUCAUUUCCAUUACCCUGUCUGUGCUUGCACUAAUGACAACGGCCAUCAAUUCGCUCGUGAUGACUGCAAUAAUUGUGACAAGAAAGCUCCACCAUCCGGCCAACUAUCUAAUCUGCUCUCUUGCAGUGACUGAUUUUCUUGUGGCAGUCCUAGUGAUGCCCUUCAGCAUUGUCUACAUUGUAAAGGAGACCUGGAUCAUGGGGCAAGUGGUGUGUGACAUUUGGCUGAGCGUGGACAUUACGUGCUGCACGUGUUCCAUCUUGCAUCUCUCUGCCAUUGCUUUGGACCGGUACAGAGCAAUCACGGAUGCUGUAGAAUAUGCACGUAAAAGGACACCUAAGCAUGCUGGCAUCAUGAUUGCAGUGGUAUGGAUCAUAUCCAUUUUUAUCUCCAUGCCGCCUUUGUUUUGGCGGCACCAGACGACCAGCAGGGAUGAUGAAUGCAUCAUCAAACAUGACCACAUUGUUUUCACCAUUUACUCUACAUUCGGCGCUUUCUAUAUCCCGCUAGCCUUGAUUCUGAUCCUUUAUUACAAGAUCUACAAGGCAGCAAAGACAUUUCACAGAAGAAGUGUCAGCCGGAUCGUAAGGGAGGAGGUAAAUGGACAAGUCCUUUUGGACGCAGGUGAAAGAAGCACCAAAUCGGCUUCAAUGCCCAGCAUGGUGGAGAAGACAUCAGAUCCCCUGGUAGACUGCAAUAAAACCAAUAGCACCCUACGAAGCCCCAGAUCCGAAUCUAAGCACGAGAAGUCCUGGAAAAAACAGAGAAUCUCUAGCACAAGAGAGAGAAAGGCAGCAACUACUCUGGGUCUGAUCUUGGGGGCAUUUGUGAUCUGCUGGCUCCCUUUUUUCGUAAAAGAAGUAGUUGUUAAUACUUGUGAAAGAUGUCACAUCUCAGAAGACAUGUCUAAUUUCCUAGCGUGGCUGGGAUAUAUAAAUUCCCUUAUUAACCCUCUAAUCUACACAAUCUUUAAUGAAGAUUUCAAGAAAGCCUUCCAGAAGCUUGUGCGGUGUAGGCAAUAUCUUUAAGAGCUUAUGUCCAUGUAAGGAGAACAUACUCAUUGUUUUUUAACCUGUAUAAAUUUAUAUAACUGAGAUGACAUUUGUUGUAUUUAAGGAAAAGCACCAAGACUCUGUAUUUACAUUAUGACUUUUUUUGUAUCAGUAGUACUGGGAGCAUAAAUUGCCCAAGUUUUAAAGAGAUGGAUCAUCUGGGAUCAGUUUUGCUCUGGAAAAAGAGGUAGCAUAUUGUGGCUCUGAUCCAAUUGGGAUUUGCACAGCUGCCUAGCUUGAAACAUAAGGUAUUACUUUAAAUAUGAAUAUACACUUGAAGUAGACAAAGAAACAAUUUUUUUUAAAAAAGUAAUCCUCAGUCAUUAAUGAAAUUUUAAGUUUUAAACCCUAAUCGCAAAUAAGCAGACAGAAAAUAUAGCUUGGAAUUAAGACAUGAUUUUAUUAGUUUGGCACAGGUCUGCAGCAUACAGCCAAGCCAGUCCCAGCAAAGGGUAGUAGCUUUAAACAUAUCUAGCAUUGUCCUAUGUUGAUCAGCUGAGUGCACCUGCAGCCUCGUCUUCUCCUGUAGAUGAAGGACUUCCCUGUGUUAUGCCCUCACAGCACCCCAGCAGCAGGCAAGGUGCUUUCAUGAGUUACCAGUUUCACAGCAAGCCAGUGUUGGGGGACUUCUGCCAUUGCACCCCAGAAUGUGGGCAUAGCCCCAAGGGAAACAGCCAGACACAUCAUGCCUGGUGCCCUGAGACACCGCUGAAGUAGGGACUAGAGAGGGUAUGCUCCUAAAGAGCAGCUGGUCCUCCUAAUGGACAUGUUAGAAGGGAGAGAAGCAUGAGACACUCCUUUAGUUGUGUCCUCAUCCCUAUCUCACACACGUGACCAGGCAUGGCCCCUGUGACUUUCAGCACCAAACCCAGCCACCCAGUUUGUGCCAGGGCCCCCAGAGCAUUGCUGAUGGUGGGUGGCUUAGUGAGGUUUGGUUGAGGGCCACCUAAUGAAGAACUCGGGCUGACAGCUCUGGCUCACCAUGUUCAGCCCUCCAGCCCCAGAAGCCCAAUAUCCCUCAAGUCUUUUCUCGACUGCCUCAAGCACUUAGGCUGUGCACCCUCUUUCCAAGCAUGUGAGAAAGCAGAGACCGACCACGGUCCUGGCAGCGUGGGUCCCUGGAAAAGGCCGUGCAGCAGCUUCUCCAGUAAGGGCAUGGGGAACAACUUCCGUAUGCAGUGCCUCUGGGCAGGGGAUCCUGUGGGACGCUUGCUGGCUGGCACCUCCAAACCCCUCCUUCCCCCAGAGCAUCUAGUCCAUGUCCCCAGUCCCAGAAGAGCCAAAAGGACCUUGUAGGCACUCCAGCCAGCCCUGGGCAAUUUACUCCUGAGUGCAGAUGAGUCACUAAGAGCCACACCAGAACCCAGAGACGGGAUUUGCACUUUCCAGGACAAAUAGAUUCAGGCUGUGUCACUAAGACCCCAAAUUUUAAUUCACUGCCAGCCAUUCACACACAGAUUCAUACAGAUUGGUAGGGGUUGGAAGGGACCUCUGGAGAUCAUCUAGUCCAACCCCACUGCUACAGCAGGAUCACUUAGAGCAGGUUGCACAGGAUUAAUUUGCUGUCUAGCAGGAAUAGGGAUUUGAGGUUCCUUUCAGGAACUACGAACACCACUGUCAGCAGCAAGUCUGCUGCAAAGGUGCUCUGAUUUGGCACGUGGGCCAGCAGCUUAGGGACAUCACGAAGAAGCUGAGACAUGAGACCACUAUGCACACCCCUAGUUUGGGAAAGGUAUCACCCCUCUUUGCUCUUGCUCUUCCAAGAGGCUUUCAGUGGUUUGCAUUAGACAAGAAAACCCAGAAAGAAGCCAUCACUGUCAUUUCUCUCUCCCCUUAUCCCUCCCCUGUUUAACAAACUGUGGAGUUUAAUAAUUUUUGUAUUUUGCCCACUAGCUACCAGCUGACAGAACAGCUGUCAGAGGUGUUUCUUGCAAAAUGACGAGAUUUGAAACCUGAGAUAUUGGACUAAUUUGCUUCUGUCACUUGCAACUUACUGUGUUCUGCUUUCACAUCUAGGUCCAAACGAGAUGCUAUUCAGAAGUACCAGAAAUGGUGCAUUUGCUUUACUGUUUGUUUUAACCCAGCAAGGAAUCUAAUGGAAAGCUCACUUGUCAUGCUGUGUAGCUAUAGCGCAGCGGUAGCACAGCUAAAUUUUGAAGAUACUAGGAUGCGACAGAAUGGAAUUUGGCUCAUGCUCAGUGCAAGCUAGCGCACUUUAUUACCAUUGCAGUCAGAGCACAGCCUCUGCAGCCCCCGUGACCUCAGCAAUGGCUGCAUUAUGCUGAAAGAAAAAAAAAAAACAAAAAACCUGCUUUAAACAUCAGCUGUGCUCUGCUGUCUCCAGAAAGAGCCGUGGGAUUCAGCUUUCUAAAAAGAUUAGCAGAACGCAGCAAAGAAAACCCCACUGGAACAUUUAAGAUUGAAGAUGUCUAUUUCCCACAUUUCUUGAGUACUGAGUCAUAACGUCGGAUAUCUAGGGGCAGGACUUCCUCUCCCCCUGCUUCUCUCUUUAUGACUGCUGGAGGGUAGACUACAUUGUUUAUCCUCUCACACGUAAAAAGUUUGAUAAUAUCUUGUGAAAUCAAAUUGGAAGAAAAAAUAGGAGUUGCUUUUGAGAAGAAAAGAUACUUAAAAUACUCAUGUUUAAAUAAUAACGGAUAAAGCUCAAAGAAUGCAACAAUAUGUAGAUAAACAGAAAACAGCUGUCAUUUAUGCACUGUUAACAGUAUUAUACUCUGAAUCUAAUUAAGCUGCUAAAUGUUUCUCAAGACGCAGGGUGGUUUCUUUUGUGUUGUUUUCACUGUUCA